AAUUUGCUUUAACGCUUAUACUCUGCACGAGACAAUAUACUAUUCAAAGAGUUUUUUAGUAAAAUAAAACGUGAAAAAUAACAUAAAAACUAUCUCUUAUAGAAAUAAAUAAAUACAAAGCCAUGGUGUACACCGGUUUCGAAAGCAGCGGCUUGCAGAAUGCCGAAGAAACUGAAUGGGUGCAAUAUGGGGAACCCAUCGACUGGGAGCACGGCCUGGUUGCUUACGACGAAGGCGAUCUGCUCAAGGGCGAUGAGCAGGAGCUGCAGCCCUCGAUGAACCGGGUGCUGAGCCUCAUCGACUACGAACUGGCCAUGAAGCAUCCACUGGAGCGCACGUGGACUUUGUGGCACUGGGAGAACGAUCGCACCAAGAGCUGGACGGAAAUGCUCAGCGAUGUGACCAGCUUCAACACGGUUGAGGACUUCUUCAGUGUGUACUACUUUAUCAAGCCGCCAUCGAAUCUGAAGAUUUACAACGACUAUAUGGUCUUCAAGGAAGCAGUCCGUCCCAUGUGGGAGGAUGAUGUCAAUAAGGAGGGUGGUCGUUGGAUAAUGCUGUUGGACAAGGCGUCCAAGACCUUUAUAGAUAAAAUGUGGCACGAUUUGCUAUUGUGCAUGAUCGGCGAAUGUUUUCUAUAUUCAGACGAGGUAUGUGGAGUGGUCAUCAACGUGCGCAAUAAGGCCAAUAAGUUAUCCCUUUGGACAAGGGAUUCGCGCAAUGUCCAGGCCAUCCUGUCCAUCGGCAGGCAGAUGAAGGAGCUGCUGAAUCUGGGCGAGAUGGAAAUACAGUACCAAGUGCACAAGGAUGCCAUGGUGCAGCACGGACCCAAUGUCAAUGCUGUGUACAAGAUGUAGGCGCCAAACGGAAAGGCCAUCUAAAAUGCCCAGUUCUUGGCUAGAAACGCGCAUCUACGAUGCGCAAAAUAUUUUAGCCUAUGCUAAUAUAUAUGUCAAACUUACAUUUUAUCCACGCACCGACGCUUUUUGAGAUGGAAAGCGGUUGUAGCAUGAAUAAAGCAUUACAUAGAGAAACAGAAA